CUUUUACAACCUCACAAAUCUUUGACCACCUUUGCGUGUAACAUACGGCAGCAUUUGGGAGUGAAGAUCCAACAACUAGAUUAAAUCAUUCUAUACGGCUAUAGAUGCCAUGCUUCCUUUCGUUCAAGUAUCCCGUUUAAUUAUUACAAAACUUUGCUAACUUAGCGUUAUAUACGACAAAUAGAUAGGAACUGACGAGUUACAACCAACCGGGGCUGUAUUGCGACUAUGAAGGUACGCGGGGACCAAUCCCGGGUUGGGCCCCGAGGGCUCCCUGAGGGCCCCCUGAAUACUAAAAUAUGUGCUUACCUGUCUCGCACCGCUCCAUACCCGAGGCCGCAGCUUUCACAAGUUGGUCAAUUUCAAGGCAACAACAAGAAAGCAGACAACACCACCAGAGUUAGUUGUAUACUUGGUCCAACUGAUUGUCAUCCUUAUUACUUCUUACAUCCUCCCAAGAUCUGCCGUUUGUCUUUAAUUACGACGUGGCAACACCAAACGAACCGACCAGGCAAUCAAGAUGUCCGGAUGAAGGACGGCGCAUCAACGGCCAUUUCACCUGCGACCCAGCUACCUCUAGCUUCAUUCGCGUCCUCGAUUCGCUCGUUUAGCAUCGUCAUUGACACCAUAGUCACCCCCACUACAGCUAAUAACCACCACCGAGUUGACCGGUUGAAGUACCCACGGCUUUCGUUCAUGGUGCUGCAUUUACUUACAAUACAGGCUAUUCCAGCUGAAUGUAAGAAGUUAUUUUCAUCUGCCGGUAAAAUAGUCACUUCACUGUUAAUGUCCAAGACGGCAGAGCGACGAAAGUGAGGAGCUCUAGUUCUCCCUCGAAGUUGAUGGCGGAAUAGUCCCGGACAACGGGGAAAAGUCUUUGAGCCCAGAAUGACCUUGUUAUUUGGGAUAACAGGUCCACAUUUCACUGCGCAACAUAUGACUAUGAUGCAUAGAGGCCUGGCCAUCGUGUGUGCAGUCUAGGACAGGCUCCUGAUUUAGACCUCGAGAGCAAAAGCCGCAGACAAGCAAUCCAAGGUUGAACGAGAAAUAA